AUGGGUGACGAUGCAGAAGCCGCGGAAGCUCAAGAGCUGAUGAACAAACUUGGUAUUGAUUACGAAGUGGAAGAUGAGGAUGGUUCUGAUGAGGAAAUGGACCCCGAAGAAAUGGCGGAAAAGUGGCGUCGUGAAGUCACCAUCACUCCUGAUAACUGCCUCGAUCAAGUUAUUAUUGGUACGUCUGACUUGGAUAAGGCUGUCGAAGAAUUCGAAAAAAUGUCUGGAGUGGCACCCUGUGUCACCACGACUUUCCGGGGAACCGGUACCAAGAGUGCCCGAUGUGCCUUUGAGGAAUGCGCCUAUGUCGAGCUUGUGGGUCCCGACGAAAAGCAGGAACAAACUGAUUUCAGCAAGGCACUGGCAGCUUUGCCUGCUGGAGAAUUGGUGGCAUGCCACUACGCUGUGCGCUUGGAAGAAUCCAAAGACAUGGAAGUCCGCAAAGGAUGGUCCGCAAAUGGCAUGGAAUACGAUCAGAUCACCAUGGUCAGCAAGGACAAGGGCAUGCCGUGGCUCUGGGACAUGUAUUUCAUCAAAGGAGAUGGAUUGGUUCCAUUCCUCACUGACUGGUCCACUCACGAUUCCAUGCAUGCCAGCGCCAGGCUCCCCAUUUGUGGAUCCUUGAGCGGUGUCAAGGUCUCGGCGCCUGAUGACCACGUCGUUCACAAGUUGUUGAAGAGUCCGGCCAACAUGGAUUUGUCCACUGGAAGUCCCAAGCUGGAGUUUACCAUCGACUUCAAGAACGGCUCAAGCCACACAUUCUCGUCGUCCGAUCCAAUUGGUAUUUCCUACCCUGAAGAAGGCGGCAUUGGCUCCUAA